UUAUGAAGAAGCAGCACAAAUGUAAACAGCUGAGCGUGUUGCACAUGUGUCUCGGAAUUGGGAAUCGCCUUCAAAACCAAAGAUGUACCACAUUGGACAGGAUCUGCCGGGCAACGACGUGGAUGACAUUGAGGACCUGAUAGCCGCCGAUGACGUGAAGCCGCGGGAGCGUUAUGAAAACAAGAAAAACGUGACAGUGCGCGCCAAGAAACGCACGCCAAUCCGGCUAGAGACUGAUGAGGAGGUGGAGAGACCAAAGCCCACAAUUCACGAGAGUGUCAUUCCCGGCACCCAAAAGGUGUUCGUCAAGACAUGGGGCUGUGCCCACAACAACUCGGACUCGGAGUACAUGGCCGGGCAACUGGCCGCCUAUGGCUACAGAUUGAGCGGCAAGGAGGAGGCGGAUCUGUGGCUGCUCAACAGCUGCACAGUGAAGAAUCCCUCGGAAGACACGUUUCGCAACGAGAUCGAGUCGGGCAUGCGAAAUGGCAAGCAUGUUGUGGUUGCCGGCUGCGUGCCACAGGGAGCCCCCAAAUCCGACUACCUCAACGGUCUUUCCAUAAUCGGUGUUCAGCAAAUUGAUCGCGUGGUUGAGGUCGUGGAGGAAACACUAAAGGGACACAGUGUGCAGCUGUUGCAAAACAAGAAGAAGGUCCAUGGCCGUCGUCUGGCCGGAGCUCCUCUCUCGCUGCCCAAGGUCCGCAAGAAUCCACUGAUCGAGAUCAUAUCCAUCAACUCUGGCUGCUUGAAUCAGUGCACCUAUUGCAAGACCAAGCACGCCCGCGGCGAUCUGGCCAGCUAUCCACCCGAGGAGGUGGUGGAGCGCGCCCGCCAAUCCUUUGCCGAAGGCUGCUGCGAGAUCUGGCUUACGUCCGAGGAUACUGGAGCCUAUGGUCGCGAUAUAGGCAGCUCGCUGCCGGAACUGCUCUGGCAGCUGGUGGAAGUGAUACCCGAGCACUGCAUGCUGCGCGUGGGCAUGACCAAUCCCCCCUACAUCCUGGAGCACCUAGAAGAAGUGGCCAAGGUGCUGCAACACCCUAGGGUGUAUUCUUUUUUGCAUGUUCCCGUGCAGAGUGGUAGCGACUCUGUCCUAGGCGAGAUGAAGCGGGAGUACUGCCGCCAAGACUUCGAGCACGUGGUGGACUUCCUAAGGGAACGAGUUCCUGGCGUCACCAUCGCCACAGACAUUAUCUGCGGAUUUCCCACAGAGACCGAAACCGAUUUCGAGGAGACAAUGACCCUGUGCGCCAAGUACCAGUUCCCCAGUCUGUUCAUCAAUCAGUUCUUCCCUCGUCCAGGCACACCUGCUGCCAAAAUGGAGCGCAUACCGGCGAAUCUGGUGAAGAAGCGAACUAAACGGCUCACGGAUCUCUUCUACAGCUAUGAACCUUAUGCAAAUAGGACGGGUGAAAUAUACACCGUUCUGGUCACGGAAGUUUCCCACGACAAGCUUCAUUAUGUGGGCCACAACAAGAGCUACGAGCAGGUGUUGUUGCCCAUGCGCGAAAAUCUCCUGGGCACUCGUGUCCAUGUGCGAAUCACCAGCGCCAGCAAGUUCAGCAUGGUGGGCGAGAUUUUGGACGACGAACGGGACUGGACUAGAUGUGCAAAUAAGCAGGAGGGAAUGGAGGAGGUGCAGAUCCUAACCAGAAGUCGGGAAAAACUGAUCCAACGCUAUGUGGGCAUUGCCCUGGCGGUGGGAAGUCUAGCCUUUCUUACACAGCUGCUUGUGCGGUUUCUACUCCAAUAAAACAGCAUCUCGUUCCGAAUUCAUAAUUUAA